CACAUGUAAAACAAGUGUUCUUCUCCGCAACCACACCGUAUAGUCAUUCGUAGACGACAUGCGAAAAAAUGAAGUGUAAGUUAGUUUGGGUUUUGUGGGCCAUUUUGGCACUCGUAUCCUGGCAAUCGGUAGAUGGUAAACCGCCUUAUCGACCGGACGACAGUCGGGUUUCGCCGGAUUUUUGGCUGAAGCAUCGUUUCAAGCGGCAGUUUUCGCUCAACUUUGGUGCCACACACGAGGACGGUUACGGGACGGACGUGAAUGCAGAAGCGCUGGCCAACCUUUGGCGAAGCCAGAGCGGAAAUACGAAGGUGGACGGUUCUGCGACCUAUACGCAGCACUUUGGUGGCGUGGCAGGAGACGGUAAAGCGCGCAUUAGCGGACUGUUAACCUUUUCCCACAACUACUGAAUCGUUGACGCACUCCACACACACAGGGCGUGAUUACCGAUUGAAGCUGAAGGUAGUUUUCACCCGCUGAGUACCGCCAAGGUGGUGGACAAUAAAGUGUGUGACGUAAAAGGACACAACCAACGGAUCACUAACUUUUUAGAGCCUGCUUCACGCUUUCCUUAGUUAUGCGAAGCGGCCAUUUAUUUACAACACAAUACGAUCCUCAAUACGGUUGCCAUUCGCUACGAGAAAUGAAUAACUAGCCAAACGUCGGUCUCGCCACACGAUGAUACCUUACUUUAGCUCGGGCAGUUUGGCUGGUGGCCAUGUCCACUGGGUGGGCGGUGCUUGUUUAGCCAACGGUUCCCACGGCUUCCAGCCGAGCAUUUUGCGUGCCAACAUCAGUUCGUUUUCCGCCUGCAGAAUUAACUCUUCUACCUGGCCGCAGUUGAUCUUUUGUUCGAUCUCCAGCACGUUCGGUGUCUGCGGAGAUACAAAACAUGGCACUCAUGGAUCAGUGGACACCAUAGCAGCAGAUUCUCUUCUUCUCAAACUUACCGUAGCAACCACUUUUGCUCGCUCCGAAACGGUCUGCUCGGUGUAUCGACGAUACGCAGCCUCUUGCGGCAUCUUCGAAACGGCGCGCAAUAUUUUGUUGUACAACGCGGUCAGCGUGUGGUGUGGGUUUUUGGCCACAUGCAUUCCAGUCAGUCCCGUUGCCUGUUGGAAUUAAGCAAAACAAUUAACAACGGUAGCAAAUCAUGCGACUCGUCGGAUCACGGAACGUGUGACAUAAUCAAGCGUUGCGAUUGUUGUGGUUUUCAACACAAGAUAAUGUACCUUUUUAAUAACACCGGCCAUUGCGCAAACCUUACGGAUCCUACUGGACGGCAAAUGGAAAGAUUAAUAAGAUUCUCGUUUGUGCUAAUAAAGGAAUCGAACACCAAAUACCUAAACGUUUGGAUCGGAGGAGGCAAUAUUUUUCAUUCACCGAAUCCUACACAGAAAUCAAACGUCAGAAAUGACAGUCAAAGCAAACAGCGACAGAUAAGUUCAAAUCCGGAUAAUUAUUUGCAUUGCCUGGAUUAAAUGAUAAAAUAUGAGAUAGAAUAGUCCAAAACUUUGAGUUAAUAAAAAGUACAGACGUAAAGUCCUCUGUAAGGUAAUUGUAAUUAAAUGCUUUAAGUUUCUCAGAAUCAAACAAAUCGCCACUUUUGACUGUCGUACCCCCCCUCAAAACAGCUGUCAACCGACGAAAACAAUGAGAGAGGAACUCAACCGCCAGCUGCUCGGUGCAAGAGCGAGAGCGAAAAAGCG